GAAAGCGGCUCAAGCUGGCUCGAUCAAAUGGAUAGAAGCGGACAGAAGUGGAUGGACAGCUGAAAACAGAUCAUCGAAGAUGAUGGACAGCAUCUGAAGCUUGAAGACCUGACGAAUCUUGCUUGAAGUAUUCCUAGCUGCAUGUUGCAGAUGUUGAAGGAAACAGGCCUCAGCCGGCAGCCUCUGUGUAGCCCAAUUGCAUGAUAGAAGCAGGUAGCUCGUCUGCAACAAGCCCUUUCUUCCAAUUGUCGAUGAGCCGCCAUAUCGAAUACAAUAUUUCACGGCAGAGAUCAGCUGGAGCAAGCUAGGUGCAUUAGAUUGACGAAGUAAGCUGGAGCAAUGGAAGGAGGCGGACCUUUUCGUCCGUCAACAGGACAGCGCGCCAGCAUGAAUGGAGGAAUGCAACCACCGCCGACAGCAUACCGUCAGUCAGCCGCAGGGUAUGCGGCGCCUGGCACAGCAAAGGCAGGCAUGCGGGGCCUAGCAUCGCGAGGUGGGGGAAGACCAGGGACCGGGAGCGUUGGGCUGAAUACAGAUGUUCAGGUCUCGGAGAGGCCCGUCACCCAGCAAGGUCUGGUGGGGAUGAAGACUGGCAGUCAAGGUCCCGGCCGGCAGAUUGCUGACAAGUCGUACUACCUGACGCGCCUGAGAGCCAAGAAGCAGGAGCUGCAGGCAGAGAUUGAUUCUCUGACCUCAGAGAUGGGCCGCUUUCAAAAGGACGACACCACCAGCGCCCAGCUCGAGAGGAAGUUGGAAGGGGUGACCAAGGAAGUGAAGGGGUUGCAAGGACAGCUUGCGGACUACAAUUUCGUGCUGGACAAGGUAGGCCAUAGCGUACCGCUGGAGCAACUAAAGGAAGAACUCCGGACGAUCCAGGAGCAGAACGCCCGGCAGCGGCGCAAAGUGGACGGCCUCUUCACUGAGCGCGCGCAGAAGGAGCAGCAAGUACGGGAGGCUGAGGCAGAGGCGGAAAGGAUUCAGAGGGGCAUGGAGACGCGGCUGAACGAACUGGGCCCCGAGCGGCGGCAGCAAUACCUCGACCUACAACAGGAGAACCGACAGCUGGCAGCCGUGACGGCGGACCUAGAGCGACAGCUGGCUGACAUGAACGGCACUCUGGCCGCCAUGGAGAAGGAGCUGUCGAGCAGCAGCAUCAAGCAGCGCGCGCUGGUGCUGCAGCAACAGAUCCGCGCGCUCGACGCGCGCAAGCGCGAGCUGCAAGUCGAGGAGCAGCGGCCGCAGCUCAGCCCCGAGGAGGCGCGCGAGCAGCUCAUCCAAAAGAUGCGCCGUGACAACACGGACAUCGCAGCCGCGGAGCAGCAGAUCCGAGAGCUGGAAGAUGCAUUGCGGCGGGACGAGAGCGCGCUCGACAGCUUGAACGCGGAGCUCACAGAGCAGCACGACGAGAAGGACGAGGAGAAGUUCCGCGAGCUGCAGAGCAAGGACCGCGACAUGCAGGGCUUCAUCGACGGCUACGAGGAGAAGAAGGCGGCCAGCGAGCAGAUGACGGCAGACGCGCAGCAAAACAUCGUCCGACUGCUCGAAAAGAUCAGCCUGGGCCACGAGCACCAGGCUCAGCACGGCACGAAGGGCCACCUUGAUGUGCUGGAAGACGACGCGCACAAGCACCUAGAACCAUCCCAAGCCACCCCGCAGAAACUCCUAGAAGCAAUUCACCAGCGGUCGGCUGAGCUGGAUAAGAUCAACGUGCUGGAGGGCAAGAUCGCAGAGGAGGUGGCGAGCAUCAACGAGAAGAUGGAGCAGAUGAGGCGGGACAUGGGCAGGUUCAGCAACGAGACCGAGGCCAAAGACAGCUGGGAGGCUAGGAAGAAGGAUCUCGAAGCGGAGCGUGCUACGGGACAGCACCGGAAAGACGAGCUCGCGCGCCAGAUCCAGGAGGGGGCCGCGGCUCUGGACGCUCGGAGGGCACAGCUUUCCGGGAACGAGCAUUGGGUGGUCGUGGACAAACUAGAGCACCGGAUGCGCGUGCUGCAGCAAAAUAAUCGGCAGGCGCAAGACAUCCUAGAAGCGAGAGGGGAAGAGAUGGACUGCAAACCCGUGCUGAUGGAGGUCACUAAUCUGCUGACGGAACUGAAUACCCAGUGCCAAAAAGCUGCCCUUGUGUGACUUCCUUACUUGCCUUCCUGGAAAAAAUCAAGAUCACCAGGAUUCUGGCCGUCCUACGCGAAACCAAAAUUUUCAAGUGACUUCGGAAGACUGCCGAGCUGCUACAUUUCUAUCCGAUGAUGUGAAAGCUUGAAAGCGCUGUAUACUUGGGCCCAGCGUGCCUUUUGAAACUCGAGAGGGCUCAGCCUAUACUGCAACUUUUGAGUUGUUUGCUUUGAGCAGAUUAUUUGCAAUGAUCACGAUUCAUUCCCUCCAAGAAAGCUAUUACAUAAGACCUUGAAAGCAGUACAGUGCAGGUUGUCUAG